CGCUUCAGAGACACCCCCUGGGGAUAAAUCUUCUGCUGUUUUCCCUUAGUAACUGGCUAACUGCAAACAAAUAAGUUUUUCAUCCAUUCCAAUCCACACAGAGCACAUUUGCUUUGAAUAACCUGUCCCAUUCAACAAGAAAGAUGACAGCAAAGAAGUUGAGAACAGUUCCUUGUUGUUACUCCUGCUUCCGGGUGGAGACUGCCCCGCCUCCUGUCCCUUCAUAUCCUUGUGAUCUGCUCUAGAUUACCUGCCUCUCCUAUGACUGCUUAUUAUCGGCAAACUGACAUGGCUGAGCUGAGGCGGAGAGGAGGUAGGGAGCCAGAGCAGGAUUCCAGCACUGGCAAAGAAACCACCAGAGAAGACAAAUAUGUGGACGAUGACAUUGAUUCGGACAUUCGUGAUGUUCCACCCUCUUCUGACAGCACUCCAGAAGUCCUUAAGCCAGUGCUAUCUGGCUUGUCCUCCAGGUGGAAAAACUGGUGGAUUCGUGGUAUCUUUAGCUUAACAAUGAUUUCAUUGUUUUUUUUUCUUAUCUAUAUGGGGCCAGUGAUGCUGAUACUUUUGGUUUCUGCAAUACAAGUGAAGUGUUUCCAAGAAAUAAUUUCUAUUGGGCACAGAGUUUAUCGCUCCUUUGAGUUACCAUGGUUUAGAACACUCAGCUGGUAUUUCCUGUUGUGCGUUAAUUAUUUUUUCUAUGGUGAAACACUGGCAGAUUACUUUGCCACCUCUGUACAAAGGGAAGAAAUACUACAGUUUCUUAUUCGAUACCAUCGCUUUAUUUCUUUUGCAUUUUAUCUCAUAGGUUUCUGCAUAUUUGUUCUUAGUUUAGUAAAGAAACACUACCGUCUGCAGUUUUACAUGUUUGGAUGGACUCAUGUCACUUUGCUGAUCACUGUUACUCAGUCUCAUCUAGUCAUCCAGAACCUUUUUGAAGGGAUGAUUUGGUUUAUAGUUCCGAUCUCCAUUGUCAUUUGUAAUGAUAUUAUGGCUUAUCUCUUUGGGUUCUUCUUUGGCAGAACUCCAUUAAUUAAGCUGUCACCCAAAAAGACCUGGGAAGGUUUCAUUGGUGGAUUCUUCAUGACAGUGAUAUUUGGAUUUUUAUUUGCCUAUAUCUUCGCACAGUUUCAGUACUUUGUUUGUCCUGUGGAAUACAGCAGUGAAACUAAUAGCUUCUCCACAAAAUGCAAACCUUCAGAGAUUUUCAGACUUCAUUAUUAUAGUGUCCCUGCCUACCUGCAGCCACUGUUGGGAAGGGGAACGGUUAGCAUGUACCCAUUCCAAAUUCACAGCAUUGCUUUGUCUACCUUUGCAUCUUUAAUUGGGCCAUUUGGUGGCUUUUUUGCUAGCGGUUUCAAGAGAGCCUUUAAAAUUAAGGAUUUUGCUGACACAAUUCCAGGACAUGGUGGGAUCAUGGAUCGUUCUGACUGCCAGUAUUUAAUGGCUACCUUUGUACAUGUGUACAUUGCCAGUUUUAUAAGGGGUCCCAAUCCAAGCAAAGUUCUGCAGCAGCUUCUAGUGCUUCAUCCUGAACAACAGUUGAACAUCUACAAGGCCCUAAAGGCACAUCUUCUUGAAAAAAAGAUGAUUGAUGAAGCACUUCUCAAUCAAUAGCCCCAAAAACACCCUGAAAUAUUGACUCAAAUGUUGACACAUAUUGCACUGGCUAAAGAGAACCAAAGGCAGAGGUCUCAAUAAGCUAUUUCCUGGACCGAAUCUACAUUUAUACAAGAGGUUCCUUUGAAGAUUUCUUGUAUUAUCUGCAGAUCUUGCUGUUUUUAACUAGAUACUCCAGUUUGUAAUAUAAUCCACUGAAAGAAAAUGCAGAUUCAUGUGAAUGACAGAACGUUUUAAUGUGCUAAGCCACUGCAAACAAAUACCAUUUGACGGCAAUUUUGAGUAUUUGAAUCAUGGUUUUAAUUGUGUAUUCUGGUUAGCGCAGAAGAAAGUUUUAAUGUUUAUUUCGUGUUCAACAAUAUAGCAGCAUAAUUCUUAUAUAUGAAAUGAUAUCAAAUGAUAUGAUCUCUUAUGUACCUAUAGAUAAUAUUUAAAGGGAUUGUUCAGUGUAAAAAUAAAAACUGGGCAAAUAAGAUAGGCUGUGCAAAAUAAAAAAUGUUUCUAAUAUAGUUAAUUAGGUGA